AUGACGGAAUUUACUGUUCUCGAGAUCCUGUUCGAGGAUGACGACACUGAUGCGCAUGAUCGGCAUCAUCAUCAUUGCGAGUUGUAUGAUCGUUGCAAGAAUCACUGUUCAUUAUCUACAGCCACACAUGUAAUGGCAAUCAAAGUGUUCAUUCCUCCUGAAAUAUUGAUUGAGAUUUUUCAAUAUUUAGAUCGGGAUUCAUUAGUGCGGAUAUCUUCUGUAAAUUCGGGUUUUGCUGAAAUUUCGAAAAGAUCAAUUUUGUGGAAGUUGUUAGUGCAGAACGAUUGGAGAUUGUUGAGAGGAAUAAAUACUUCAAACAAUGAAGCAUCAUUACUGCAAUCGGAUACUUUGGAAACACGCAACAACAACGAGUUUGAACUUGUUCCGCAAUCCGAAGUUCAUGAAGACAACACGAUGAGAAUUUCAACCAACGAUCUCGCGAGAGAACAUCACGAAGAACAAGAUUAUUAUGAAUUGUAUAAGGAAAGAUAUUCACAGUAUAAAACUUGGAGAAAUAGCAUUGCAUUUAUAUAUGAAGAAGAAAGAAACCAAUAUAUCAACAGGAUUAACAACUCGAGUUCCCCGUCUUAUUUAAAGGGCUAUCUGAUGUAUUUAUUGUCGUAUCCCAUUCUGUAUAUUCGAUUGCUGAGAUUUUUAUUUAUUUCACCACAGGAACAACCUGAUUACGGACUCACGAACGAAGUAGAAUAUAUCAAGCAGAAGGCACUUUCGGCAGGAGGAUCUUUGUUAUUGCUGAUCACGUUCGUUCCAAUAAUUUUCAGCACCUUAAUUUCAGGAAUAUAUCCUCAAAUGCCAACUCUAACUUUCAUUCAUAUAAUAUUGCAACUGGCCUUAAUUACAAUGUAUGGACUUUCACACAUCUACAACAAGAUGGAUAAGAGUAUAAGCUCAUAUCCACAACCAAGCUAUUUAUUUGGCCUUAUUGGCGUUACUGCUUUCAUUACUUUAGUGUUGAUGAGAUAUGUGGAUGAUUUAUUGUCAUGCUCAUUAGUAGUAUUUCAAACAUCAAUUGCUCUCGGAUUAGCAACUUCACUCAAUCACAUGAUUUCAAACACAGAGGUUGUUGAUGAAUUAUUUGGAAAUAAUAAUGGGCCAAAUACGGCGCCUCCAUUUGUCACAUGCAUGAUUCUAGCAAACCUUGUGUCGCUUGUAGUUGUAGUAGGUGGAUUUAAGGCAGUUCUUCUAACAAUUAUACUCAUUGCAAUUUUCACAGGUGGUAGUACGGGUGGUGACAUUGGAGAACUUCUCAGACUCAUCGACUUUAGGACCAUUGUGUUCGCCAUUGUCGCAGGAUUGAGUGUGUCAGUAUUUUUUCUUGCUAAAAACAAUGUGGGAGGUAAUUUCAAAAAGAAGAGAUUUGUUCGACAAAGUGUGGCCAUUCUGCUGCUCGUUUUGUUGAUCCUGUCUUUCAUGACACUAUUCUGGAGAUUGGUCGCCAUUCGAAGUGGCACACAAGUCAGAUGGGAAUUAUCCUUCUUUAAUCUUGACUACGAUGCUGAUUACAACAGUAGAGGCAGUAAUAAGACGAAUACCUCGCAAAUAGCUGCUGUGUCUCACUAA